CUAACAACAGUCGCCUCGGCUAGGACAGAUAACCUCAAUCCAUCCUAAAAUCACACAGAGUAUUGAGAUAACGUUAUGAGAUUUAGCUAAAUGAAUUUAGGGAGAUAUACAAUUCGUUAAUGUAGAUCGGAGUUUAUGUCAGUCAACGAGUGCCUGAGAUUACUCAGCUGUUGGUUUGCUAAAUCUUCCUAGCUAGCUAGCUCAUAAGCUAAAUCGCUAGCUAUCUAGCAUCAACCAGGUUUCUAACGUUGCCUAAAUAACGUUAGGUACACUCACUAACAGGCUGUAUGUAAAUGACAGCCUGGGUGCCUGUUAUUCCGGACAACACAACUGAAAAAGGACUGGGGAUGGUGCAGCCCCAACCUGAUGGCCCAAUGCAGUGGGACAUGUCAGGAGAGGAGAGUGGAGGGGCCCUCAGGGUCCCACCAGAGCUUGCUGCCAAUGAAGUGGUGACCAGGCUGCUGGGUGAUAACCAGCAGCUUAGAGAGGCCUUGCGGCGGAGCAACCUGGCCUUGCGUCAGCGCUGUGAGGAGAUGGAGGGAUGGCAGCGAAGGACAAGAGAGGAAAGAGAAUUUCUCAGCUCUCGUUUCCAGGAGGCCAGGGCCCUGGUGGAGAGGCUGGCCCAGGAGAACCACUCCUUACAGAGCCUGGUCAGUGGUCCGACCUCCUCUUCUAACCACUGCUGCAGCUCCAGCCAAACCGAAGACCUGCAAGGACGCCCAGCCAGGAACGGUCCACUCGAAGGACCACAGACUCUAGAUCAGCGGGAGAAGAAGAGAGUUGAAGAGACGGAUCAACACACACAGACCACGCCACCUCGCAGCCUGGGCGGUGCGAGUGUGCAUAGCUCCUUGAGUAGCCCCCUCCCCACUCCCCCCGCCUCAUUUUCAGAGGUACUGGGGGAGGUGAUGGGCAGGGAAAGUGGCCAGCCUGUGGAAGGUGCAAACGAGUUCCUGCAGCUGCUGAAGAGCCAUAAAGAAAAACUGGAGGAAGGGAUGAGAGAGCUGAGGAGGAAGAACGAAGAGCUGGAGAGAGACAGAGACGAGGGAGAGAAAGAGAGAGAACGGAUGCGGCGUUGCAUUGACCAACUACGAGCCAAACUGGCGCAGGCACAGGUGAGCAACGUUACUGAGGAGAAUGUUCCACAUCGCUCUGAGGCGCAGCACUCCUCUGACUGCUCUAGCCUGGCUAAACUCACAGAGCAGCUUCAGGCCACACAGGGCAGGUAUCGGGAGCUGGAGGAGAAGCUUGAUUACCUGCAGAAGAGUUCGGCUCAGCGAGACAGAACUGAAGCUCUGCUCAAACAGAAGGACAAAGACUGUGCUCAGCUGGCCAAAGACUGUGAGGCUCUGAAAGCUCAGGCAACUUCCCUGUUAGGAGAACUGAAUGAGAGACAGAGCUGCCUGGAGAAAAGCGAGCAUGAACGCAAAAUGUUGGAAGAAAAACUGUGCAGUAAGCUGAAGGCACUGCAGGUGGCAGAGCGGGAGCUGGAGCAGCAGAGGAAGCAGCAUCAUGUGGCCAUGGACAAGCUGCUGCUGCAGACCCAGAGCCUGGAGCAGGCCCUGAAGACAGAGAGACAUGUCGUCACGGAGGAGAAAAAAAAACUGACACAGCUGCAACACGCCUACACAUGUCUCUUUAGAGACUACGACUCUAAACUGAAGAGUGAGGGAGGAGAUCUGUGCAGCCGACUAGAGGAGGCAGAGCGAGCGCUGGCUCUGAAGCAGGAUCUGAUCGAUAAACUGAAGGAGGAGGUGGAGCAACAGAAAGGCUCCCUGGAGACUGUUCCUGUCCUCGCUGCACAGGCUGAGAUCUACAAGGCAGAUUUCCUGGCAGAGCGAGAAGCAAGAGAGAAGUUGAACCAGAAGAAGGAGGAGCUGCAAGAUCAACUGAAUCAGGCCCAGGCUGAGAUUGAAAGGCUCAAACAGGAUGCUGCAUCACGCGCACGUAUGGAGCAAAUGAAGAUGAGGCACAUGGAGGACUUUCCACCACGGGCCCCGCUCAUUCCUCCUCCACAAGGUGUGUUCCCCGGGCCAGCUUUUAACACAGUGCCCCCUGCCCCCUCAUUCCGCAAUCAGGGUUUGGUACCAGUCGGUGAUCAAGGAGCAGCUGGAGCUGAGGAGCUGCCAGAUUUAUGUUGUCCAAAGUGCCAGUACCAGGCUCCAGAUAUGGACACACUGCAGAUACAUGUCAUGGACUGUAUACAGUAACAUGAGCAUAGUUCAGCACACCAUGACGCCAACACACACAUGCAGACAUAUACACAGUAUAUUUACGUUUUUGAAAUUCAGCGUGUCUGCUGCCAGCUCCGGGCACAGCCUAGAAAAACGUAUUUGGUUGUUGCACCUUACUCUCUCACACACACACAAAGAUAAAUACAUUCACCAUUUUAAAAGUUGAAUAUGUUGGAAUCAAAACAAGUGGCAAUCAGAUAACAGUAUAAACAAGUGCAAGACGAGAACAACAGCAAGAUAAUCAGCACGGUAUUUUCCUAGAACUGCUCCAUGGAUUUGGUUUCUGCUGUAGCUUUUCCAUUCCGCAAACCAAUCCUCUUCUCGUCAUCCUUUUUGUCUCCCAGCCCCCGUUUCUUUCAUUUCCCCUCUUCCCGUGCCUUACCUCUGGCACACUGAUGCACCUCCACCAGUAUUUGUACAUGAGCCCCUGUUUUCUUGCCUCAGUCCCAUUUCUAGUCUCUCUUCACUCCAGUGGCAUGCUGGCAGCUGAGGAGGUGACUACAUACUGGGGACUAAGCAUCAUCCAUGUUGUACACAUCGGUAAUCAUUGGUCCUAAAGUGAUGACAUGUCAAAAACGGGGUACUUCUCUUACUUAAAACACAUGACAAUGUGAAUAACCUAGUGAGCUUUAAAUAAUAAAUUAUAUUUAAAUAUGUUUUGGUCAUAAAUGUUGCUUGUCUACAUUACCUCAAAACAUGUAUUAUUACGUAUUAGAGAUGGAUUUACUCUUGUUGAAAAAGUAGCCAUUCUCUGUGUUCUGUGCCUGUGUACACCUUUGACUGCACCACUGCUUUAUUAUCUCUGAUGAUAGACCUGACCCAUAACCCAACACAGCCCCCCCUGUGGCCCUGAUUCUGUCUGAUCUUUACCUGUGGCUCCUAGCUAUUUAUCUUUCUGAAUGUAAGCACAUUGAAGUUAGUUCACAGUUUGUGUGAAUAUCGUCUGUAAUUGGAGAUCAUUCGGUGCAAAGAAUAUGGUUUGAAAUUGUUAAUGAUUUAUGAAAUAAAUCAGUUACUCAUUUG